AUUAUUUCUCUUGAAUGAGUGUUGUUUUUUUGUUGUAAUAUAAGAUUGUGAAUUUGAAGAAAGAAAAAAGAAAAUGUCAAAUUUCAAUAUUAAUUUAAAAGUGUGUUGUGUGACACGAGGUGAUAUAAGUGUACUCAACAAAGAAAAAAUCUUUAUCUAAAAGGAAUUAUUUCUUAAACAUGUAAUCUUUCUUCUUCGUCUGCAACAUCGUAUUAUUGUAUUUAAAUAAUGGUGCUUUGGAUUAUUUCCUUCACGGCAAUUGUUUUGCACAUUACUAUUGUACAAAGUAAGGUAGUACCACAAGGUUAUUGCGCCUUUUAUAAUGGCAAAAUAUGCAAGAAAUAUCUCACAGGCAUUGGAAAGGUAUGGUUUAAUAGUUCAUUUGGUAAUCCCGGUGGAUUGUUGAACGAACAAAUAACAACGAAUUUAUGGGAAGAAGUAAUAGAAACUCUUGUAGAACCAUGUCGUUCAGCAGCAGAACAAAUGCUAUGUUUAUAUGCCUUUCCACGGUGCCACGAGUUAGUAGGAUUGCCAUUAUGUUACGAAGAUUGCAUAGCAGUACAUCAUUUUUGUUUCAAUAACUGGAUAAUAAUCGAGGACCAAAAGCAAAAAGGAAUUUAUAUCCGGUCUCGUGGCCACUUUAGUUUACCAGAUUGUCAAAGUUUACCAAGGAUAGUUAAAGGAAAAGUAACUUGCUCGGAAGCUCAUUUAACUGAUAUAAAAGAAGAACUUGUUACUUAUGACUGUAUCAAAGAUAAUGGUAGAUAUUACAUGGGAAAGUUAAAUAAAACAAAGGGUGGAUUAGAUUGUCAACCAUGGAGUGCUCAGUUUCCACAAAAUCACGACAAACCACCAGAUAUUUUUCCACAAAUUCAAAAGGGUGAAAAUUAUUGUAGAAAUGUAGAUGGCAUUGAAUCUAUGCCAUGGUGUUUCACUAUGGAUCCUGAUACACGCUGGCAACAUUGUGAUAUUCCUAUAUGUGAUAAUACCACAAAUACAAUAAUUGAAAUUGACCCAAAAGAUUUGGCUGUAUAUACGUUUAUUACUCCAUCAUUUAUAUUAGCACUCUCUGUAUUGGGAUUUAUAAUCAUUGCUGGAACUUUUAUUUCUAUACUUUUAAGGCGAAGACUUCAUAAAAGACAUCAAGGAUAUAAUCAGACUGAAAGUCAGGAUGUUAACAUUGAUUUAGACAAAUUGCCAAGCAAUGAGGCAUACCACAAAACAAGUGCGAAGCUUAAUCCAAAAUUGGAAAAACUCGAAUUUCCACGAAAUAAUAUUAUUUAUGUACGAGAUUUAGGUCAGGGUGCCUUUGGUCGAGUAUUUCAGGCAAAAGCACCUGGUCUAGUGCCAGGUGAAGAAUUCACAAAUGUUGCGGUGAAAAUGUUGAAAGAAGAAGCAUCAGAUGAUUUGCUUGUAGAUUUUGAAAGAGAAGCAUGUUUACUUGCAGAAUUUAAUCAUCCAAAUAUUGUUAAGUUGUUGGGUGUGUGUGCAUUAGGACGUCCAAUGUGUCUCUUAUUUGAAUACAUGGGACGUGGUGAUUUAAAUGAAUUCCUACGUUCUUGUUCACCUGGAAAUUACAUUAUUCGAAGUUUAGAAAGAGAUGGUACAUUCACAGAUUCCCAAUUAUCACAUAUGGAUUUAAUUAAUAUAGCUUUGCAAGUAGCAUCCGGAAUGGUAUAUUUAUCAGACAGAAAAUUUGUACAUCGAGACCUUGCAACUAGAAAUUGUUUAAUAAACGAUCAAAUGAUUGUGAAAAUAGCAGAUUUUGGAUUAUCUCAAAAAAUAUAUCUUCAAGAUUAUUAUAAAGGCGACGAACAAGAUGCUAUCCCAGUUAGAUGGAUGCCUCUUGAGAGUAUACUUUAUAACAAAUAUACUGUUGAAUCUGAUGUUUGGGCUUUUGCAGUAUGUUUGUGGGAAAUAUUUAGUUUUGCUCUUCAACCGUAUUACGGUAUGACUCACGAAGAAGUUGUUAAAUACAUCAAAGAAGGCAAUGUUCUCCAAUGUCCUGAUAAUACACCUUUAUCAAUAUAUGAAUUAAUGAAACUUUGCUGGAAUAGAAGACCAUCCGACAGGCCUACAUUUAGAGCAAUUUAUGAAAGACUCGAUACAAUAAAACACGAGAUAGAAGCAGAGAAUAAAACAGACAGCGUGGCUUUGCGCAUUCACGUCUGAAUACAAAUGGAGCAGUACAUCAUUAUUUAUAUAUAUAUAUAUAUAUAUAUAUAAAU